CGCAUAUACAACUGUGCUUACGAAAAAAAACAAAACACUCCGAAGAAGUGAAGGUCUUAAAAUGAAACUCAACGGGUUUCUGACAAAUGGAUUUUUCAUCGGAUUAAUCUGCGAACCUCACUAAUGUAUUCUUGCAAAGUGGCUUCGAGUACAACAUGAAUUUGAGGGGACUCUUCCAGGACUUUAACCCGAGCAAGUUCCUGAUCUACUCCUGUCUGCUGCUUUUCUCUGUGCUGUUGUCACUGAGACUAGAUGGAGUUAUUCAGUGGAGCUACUGGGCUGUGUUCACCCCAAUAUGGCUGUGGAAACUGUUGGUCAUCAUUGGGGCUUCGGUGGGCACUGGAGUCUGGGCACAUAACCCACAGUACAGGGCUGAGGGAGAAACAUGUGUGGAGUUCAAAGCCAUGCUGAUCGCAGUAGGGCUUCACGUACUCCUGUUGAUGUUUGAGGUGUUGGUGUGUGACCGAGUGGCCAGAGGAAACUACUUCUGGCUUCUGGUGUUCAUGCCUCUCUUCUUCGUGUCGCCUGUGUCAGUAGCUGCCUGUGUCUGGGGCUUUCGUCACGACCGCUCUCUCGAGCUGGAGGUUCUGUGUUCAGUCAACAUUCUACAGUUCAUAUUCAUCGCGCUGAGGUUGGACCGGAUUAUCAACUGGCCCUGGCUGGUGGUGUGUGUUCCACUGUGGAUCCUCAUGUCCUUCCUGUGCCUGGUCGUCCUCUAUUACAUUAUCUGGUCCGUGCUCUUCCUGCGUUCCAUCGACAUCAUUGCUGAGCAGCGGCGGACUCACAUCACCAUGGCGAUCAGCUGGAUGACCAUCGUGGUUCCGCUGCUCACCUUUGAGAUCCUUCUGGUGCACAAGCUGGAUGGCCACAACAGCCUGAGCUAUGUGUGUGUGUUCGUGCCUCUCUGGCUCUCGCUGCUCACACUCAUGGCCACCACCUUUGGCCAGAAGGGAGGCAACCACUGGUGGUUUGGCAUCCGUAAAGACUUUUGCCACUUCCUGCUGGAGCUCCUCCCCUUCCUGCGAGAGUAUGGCAACGUGUCCUACGAUCUUCAACGCAGCAACGACCCCGAGGCGGCCGAGGACCUGCCGGCCCCGGAGCCCCCUCCGAAGAUUGCACCCAUGUUCCACAAGAAGACUGGUGUUGUGAUCACGCAGAGUCCUGGGAAGUACUUUGUCCCGCCACCAAAACUCUGCAUCGACAUGCCAGACUAGGAUGUCAUGAUGGCAGCAAGGGCUUCUGCUCUGUCGAUGCAUUGAUGAUCAAAGCUGCUGCCCCGGAGAAGGCGUCCUCACCUGAACUCUGCACGGGAGACGACAAGGUGACGCUGCUGACGUUGCUUUAAAAGCCGCUCAGUCUCUUGGAGAGAACUCUGUUCUGAGGUCAGCGGCUGGCUUGAAGACUGGACCUGCUCCAGACUGCGACGUGAACACAGGAGAUGAAGGCAACUCUCGUCUUGUGUCUUCACUAAAAUAAUCACAUUCUCGCGCCGCGCAGUUCCUUCCUGUCUCACCUGUCCGCGUGUCUCACUUCUUAUGCAACAACAAACGCUGCGGGAGAGCCGCAACCAGUGGUUUUGUAAAUACAAGUCUGGGAACAGGCUUCCUUUUAUAGAUGUCGGCGAGUCUAGGAUUUAAAGUGUAACUCCUCUAUCACCACAGUGAACUGUGAGCCCCCGAUCUGAUAUGUCUAGGUGGUUUCCUCACAUAGCCGCUUCUGGAAGAUCAUUAACUGUCCCUUUUCCCAGCCUCCUCACCACUCAAUUGAACCCACAGCUCCUGUGUUGUCACCUCACAAACCAGGGUGUCCCUGAAUAAACUGGAGAAUCAUAACUGCGCUGUCAGAAAUGUGGAUGUGUGAGAGACUGCUUAAUGGAUCUACUGUUGGUAUGAGUGCUCUACAAUAGGGGGGUGG